GUCGAUGCAACCUGAGCCGGGACAGCAGACCAGCUCGCUCCGGCUAGCUGCUUUAACCUGCCGUAAUUCGUAAUUAUCCCGUCUGUCGCAUCUUAUUCGACGUGUUUGACUUCGGUUUCGGUAGGAGCAGAAGAACCCGUCUCACGGCUCGGCUUCUUCAAUUCACUCCUCCGUUGUGCUACGACAUGGUUUGGUUACGAGAGCCCGAGCUCUUCAGCAGACGGCUGACGUCUCGUCAGGAUGGCUGCUGAGGUGGAGGUUCAAACUGGGGAGGUGGGGAGGACGAUGGCCGGAGCUCGGCUUCACCUCAGUCCCCUGACUGACUCCAGCAACAAGAGCCUCAUGGAGAUCCCGUCGGUCAAUCAGUCCCACAUCAUCGCAACAGAACCUAACAAACCAACGCCCACUCCCAAGCCACGACUCACCCCCAAACCGUUUGCCGUGGAGAAAAACCCCACGAUUAGGCCCAUACUUGCUCCCAAGCCCCAAACUAAACCUCGGCCAGUGUCCACUCACCUCGCUGGAUACAAACCAGAUCUGCCAAGCACUCCAAAACCAACACCGCGGCAGGUAUCCACCAACCCCAGCCGCCCCGCCCCGACUUCCUUUAAAACAUCCAAUAAGUUCAGUAGCGGACAGACCGUUAAGCCGGUUGUGCAGCCGUUUAAAACGGCUCCUCCUCUCGACCACGGGGACGUGAGUAAGCCAGCCGAAACUGAGAAACCUAUCGCAUCAAGCUUGGCCUAUUCCAAGAGUCUGAAAAAAGUUUCAGCGGCCGAGUGGUCUGGGACUACAAACAAGGAUGAGACUUUGAAAAAGGCACAAAAUAAAGCCGGAGCCUCGAUUACAAGAGCUAAAUCCAUGGGGUUUCUUGCUCAGAUAGGGAAGGAGGAAGAAGAGAAAGAUAAAGCUCAGCCUGACGUCUCUGUGCGUCUGCGACCUCAGUCUAGAAGCUCCAGACCCAGACCCGUAUCGGCCGUUUUCCCUUGCAGUCCGACGAAGGGAGAGGCGUCAGUUCCCGCUCCUCGUUCGGCAGAGAGACGACCACUUUCAGCCGACCUCACGUCCAAGUUUGAGUCUAUCGGUCUUUCACUGCACCGUAAAAGUCCACAGGUAAACACUAAGGAGAACACUCCAGAGGAUAAAGCACUGCCACAGGAGAAGGAGCCAGACAAAAGUAUCACUCCACAAAGUACCGAAGGUGUUGCCGAUCCGCCCGUCACUGACCAAAGUAACAAAAAGACGGAGGAAUCGACUGUAAAAGAGACUGAGGAGGAUAAGCGUGGGGCUAGCAUUAAAAUGCGAAUCAGUCUUCUCCUUGACUCGUCGUGUUCUCCCGGGGCGGCCGCCGCCGACCAAGUGUCGGAUCUUCCUUCUCCAGUACAGCCGGCUCCUGAAGCAGAAUCGCCGGUGGGCGUUAAACAACUCAUCAAGCAGCUGACCGACGACACCACGCCAACUCCGAUCCCAGUUGUAAAGCCGGCACUGAAGCCCCGUCCUUUACCUCUCGACUUAACCAAAAGGUUUUCAUCUGAGAGGUCACCAGACCUUGUUCCCCUCACUGAGGCUGCAGACCGGCAUGAGAUCAGCAAAGAUCCUCAGAGAGGGGAUGAAGGAUCAGCCGUCACUCCCAAAGACCAGAGGGUGUUUCUGGAUUUGACAGAGUCUCCAGAGCAGCUCAGUCUGGUCUCCAUGUCCGACGGGUCUGAAACGGGACAGAAAAGUGUCCAGAGCGGCGAAGUGCACACCGUGCGAGCAUCUGUGUUUGAAAACAUUGUGGAGAGGCACAGCGUGUUGAUGAUGGACGAGGGCAAGUCCGUAAACGCGGUCAAGGAUGCGACGAGCAGCCCGUUAUUUAAGACAGGAGAGGUAAAGAACGAGGGAACUCUGGUCACCGCUGCGUACAGGGAACCCGUCUCUCCGUCAAACCCUCUCCGUGUGUCGCACGCCUUUGACACAGUCCAGGCCGUGGAAGAGAACAGGGCGGUAAGUGAGAGCGUCCCAUCAGCCCAGUGGGAGGAUAAGGCCGCGACGCUCCGCUCCAGACGCUCCGACGGGAGUCGGGCGGCACCGGAACGGACCGAUCCCGGACAAGUGCAACCUGCUUUGGCAACGACGCCGCAGCCGCAACCGCAGCCGCGAUAUUUGAGAGUAGGAGCUUUACAGAAGUGGACCAAUGCAGGUCUGGAUCAAGACGCAGGCCUGCCGGUAGAAUCAGGCAGGGGACCACAAACAGCUUUGGAUAAUAAUGAUGGAGACAGGCAGAGAAUGGUAGAUGAGGACGAAGUUGCUGCUGCUCCUAAACGUUUAAAAAUGCUGCAGACGGAAGAACAGCCGAAACCCAGGGCUACUUUCUUUGCUUUGACCGGGCAAAUGCAGGAGCCUUCUUCUCCUGGACAUGCAGGAACGAGCUUCAGAGACGCCACCGUGCCCUUUGAUGAUUUCUCCGCCAGGUCUGUCCUGAUUGGGACUCAAGGAAAAGUCGCUCCCGUAAGGAGGAAGCAGUCGUUAGAGGAAGCUUUUGGAAAAUCCUCCUAUUCUCAAGAACAUGCUGAGGCGUUGUCACCCAUGGAGAUCCGGUCACAGAUGGAUGAACAGACCAAAGAGGAAAGGACAGAUGCUGAAAAGAGAGUGCACAUGCAGGAGUCGGAGAGACUCAGGACCAAAAUGAAAAACCUGGAAAGAGAAACACAGAAACAGCUGGAAAUUGAGAAACAAGCACAGCUAGAAUUUGCACGAAUGAAGGAGAUGGAGAUGCAACGAGAAUAUGAAAGGCAAAGACAAAGAGUAUUUGAAAAGGAGAAACAAGAAUUAGAGGAGAAACGGCACGCGCUGGAAAGACAGAAACAGAUUGAGCUUGAAAAACAGAAGCGGCAAGAGUUGGAGAAACUGAGAGAAAUUGAAAAAGAGCGACAGAUGCAAAUCGAGAAAGAAAAACGACAAGAGCUAGAGACACAGAGAGAGUUGGAAAGAGAGAGGCAAAGACAAAAGGAGGAGGAGAGGCAGAGGGAGUUGGAUAGGGAGCGACGGCUGCUGGAAAUCCAAAAGGAAAAACAGAAAAUGGAGGAGAUGGAGAGAAUUAAAGAGCUAGAGAGACAACAGCUCUUAGAGUUUCAGAGACAGAAACAAAAAGAGAGAGAAAGACAGCAGCUCGCUGAGCUCGAGAGGCAAAACCUUCGAGAGAAGAAGGAGCGAGAAGAGGCCGAGAAAUUAAGACAAGUGGCAUUAGAACAGGAAAUGUUAAGAAUAAAGGAGAUUGAAAAAGAAAAAGCAAAACAGAGAGAGAUGGAGAGGGAAAAGCAGAGAGAGCUUGAGAGACGGAGACAAAAAGAAUUGGAAAGGGAGAAACAGAAACAACUAGACAUUAGACAAGAAUUAGAAAAUCAGAAGCUCAGACAACGAGAAAAGGAAAAGCAGAGAAAGGAUGAACAAGAGCGAAUUCAAGAUGUAGCGAGACGGCAGUUGAUGGAGUUUGAGAAACAAAAUUUGGAGCUUGAGAAAUUCAAACUGAAAGAAAAGAUGGAAAAGGAGGAGGCGGAGAAAAUGAGGCUCAUCGCCAAACAGCAAGAGGCCGAAAGACAGCGACUGAAAGAGAAGCAGAAGAGAGAGGAUCAGGAAAGGCUGAGGUUGGAGUCGUCGGCUCUGAGACCCAAAGUUUUAGAUCUAGACUCGGUGCUGAGAGACGAUCCGCCGUCUAAGGCCAGUCCUCCGCGCAACGACCCCGCCACGCGAUGGAGAGAGCCGUACAAACCUGCCAUUCUCGACAUCGACUCCUUCACAUCUCACGCUCAAGUCCCCUCUGUUAAAGACUCGUUUACAGAAGCGUCCGGCGUUCAGGGACUAAACGCUGAGGUCGGGGUUAGACUACAGCCUGAAAGAGAUGGUAACUGGAAGACUUCAGGGGGAAUCUCCAGCCCGGUUUGGAUAACAUCUCCACAGGAUCCGUGGGAGCUGCGCCCAGUCGAGAUGCCGGUGGAUAAUCCCGUGGCCGAACCCAGAAGACCUGCCAACAAAACGUACCCGGAGCAGCUUCUCCUCCGACAGGAGGAACGGCCCCCCAACCCGCAGAGGAGCUGGGCCGGUUUUCUGAACGAGCCACUGGCCCCCGGCCCCGCGGCCCCUUUUCCUGGCCCGGAGGUCAGGAAUAGUAACUCUUGUGGCGGACUCUCCGGCAGCGGUCCCGGGGAGCAGAUCUGGGUCCCCAGGGUGCCACACCCGCCACAGGAAGCACGGCCUGACGUCGGCAACCCGAGGAGAUCCCAGGGAUCCCAGGAGUUGAAUAGGAUGCGUUCACGGAGCGUCUCCCGACGUUCGGCCCCUUCCAACAGCGUGGUGGAAGGAAGUCUGUUCAGGAUGAGGAGUCGUAGUGCGCACAGGGAGCAGGGCCGCGACAGCUGGGUGCAGCAAAAGCAAGGAGGUGAGGAGCAAGAGAGAGACUCAGAAACCCCAGUUCCUGAGACCGACAGUCAGUACGGGACCUGGGAAACAGGACUACGCACUGAUGACAGCCUGACACCUGCCACUCCCAGCUCAGACAGCAACCUCAGUUCUUCACCGAGGAAGGCCACGUCUCCACACACGCCAGACGAGGAAACAGACGGAGAGGACCUGGACGUGGACGUGGAGGGAACAGACUUCCUGCUGGGUGACCUGGAGUGGAGCAGCAGCAGCGUGAGCGACUCGGGGGACGAGCGGGGCAGCCUGCGCAGCAGCUGCAGCGACGAGGGCUACUCCAGCGCCAGCCUGCUGCGCCUGCAGGACUCUCAGGAGAGAGCCAAGCCGCCGGGCUGCAGCCUAUAA